UGACAGCUGCUGUCAAAAACUUAAAAAUCGUAGAAAAAACAAAAAUUACAAAAAUUUUCCACCAAAAACCAAAAGUUUGUUUUUGUUUGUUAAAUUAAAUUCAUUUACAGAAAAUGGCAACAACUUCAAAAGUUGCUAAAAAGAAAUACACACAAAAUGAUUUGCGACGUUUAAUGCAGGAACAAAAAUCCAAAUCUCAGCAACGAGUGGUUGAACAAAAAAUUGACUCGCCUCUAGCAAAGUACAAUGAUCAAGGUCAACUUACCUGCAUACUUUGCAAAAGUGUCGUUCGCUCGGAAUCCGUAUGGAAAGUUCACAUCAACACAAAAGCCCACAAGGCAAAUGUCGAGAUUGCCAAACAGCUCAAGGAACAACUACAAAAAUCCUCCUCCUCUAAUCAAAAUCAACUAAAACGAUCUAAUCAGAUAAAAGAUGAAAGUAUUUCGAAAGAAAAGAAAAUCAAACUAGCAAAUGAAAAACUACGUGAACCAAUUCACGGGAAAGCUGGAAUUCCUAGUGAUUUCUUUGACAAUGGAAAGACAAAUCCGACUGUGUCAAUAUUGGCAAAGGGAUCUAUUGAAAGUAGCACAACUAAAACAGAAGUCGAAGUCAAAGAUGAAGUUCUGCCUGAAGGAUUCUUUGACGAUCCAAUAAAAGAUGCUAAAAUCCGAAAUCUAGAAUACAAAGAUCCUCAAGAUGAGGAAUGGGAUAGGUUUCAGCGGGAAAUUAAAGAAGCAGCAACUCUUUCGAAUGAAAUUAUUGCUGGUGAGCAAGAAGAAGCAACUGUUGAGAGACAAAUCAAAGAGAUUGAUGAACAGAUUGAAAGAUGGUCGAAGGUGUUGGAUUUGGAAAAGAAGAAAGAAUAUGUUUCGAGUAAGCUUAAAGAAAGACCAGUGGCAAUGGUAGUUGAUAGUUCGGAGGAGGAGAGUGAGGCUGAUGAUGAUGAGAACUUUGAUGAGUUUCCAGAUUGGAGGGCAAAGAAGUUCCAUCGGUAGUUUUUGUUAUUAUUUUAGCUAUUUUUGUACCCAUUUUUAAAAUAAUAAUAAAUGUGAAUCCUACUACA